AUGAAGUGCGUAAAUUGCAAUUCUGAGUUUGAGAAGAAGAUUAAAGGAUUUAAAAGGAGUCCUUUCGUAUCGGAUUUAAGAUCAGCACAAGACAUAGAAAGUGUACUUGACGUAAAAGGAGUUACGCCAAAAGCAGAGAAAAGUGAUGACAGAUUUAUUUGUCAUGACUGUGCUAAACUGCUGAAAUCUGCUAGCACAGGUCAUCAAGCUAAGCUACAACUUUUUAACAAAACAAAUGAGUCCUCGUACAUAGCAAGAAAAAGGAAAACAUCAACUGUUGAGAGUGCGACACCCAAAAGACCUCGUUUCUCUCGGAAAACAACUCCACUGAAGAAAACAGUUUCAUAUUCAACGGGACCAAGAUAUUUUGCAAACUCCAGAUAUAAGCAAGGAUUUAGAUAUUAUAUGAAGAAAGGAUCAGCAUUCAAGGCCUUAUGCGCAGUAUUUGCAAAGAAAAUCAGAUCGGAUUUGAAGAUAUUGUUAAGGGAGGGUUCUUUGCCAACAAUGAAGAAAGUAAGCGUUGAAGCAUUCAGAAAUCUAGACUUCCGGAAAAUAGUUCAAUCUUUCAGAACAAAAGUGCCUCUUUUGUAUGACCUUCUUGUUUCGUCAAUGACAACAGCAGAAAACAUGAAAGAAAAAGCUGAAACCCUUCUACCAGUUAUUGGCAAUAUAUUUGCUACAAUUGCGUAUAAAGUCCGCCCAAAGCAGGCGUCUCUUCUGCAAAAGAUGAACGCUGUACAAAUGUGGAGAAGUGGGUGUAAACGAUCGCUUUUUGGCAAUUUCAAUCGUUUAGGUAUAUGUGUUAGUGAAGGAACAAUGUUGUCAACAUUGGAUGAUUUGAAGUCGUCAUUCGACUCGGAAUUAAUGAAAUGGAAAAAUGAAUUACAGAAUUACGUGUUUCCAAAUACUGAUACAGCUGCAGAUGAUGAUAAUGAUGUUGGUAUGGCAGAAUUUCUGUCAGAAAGAUAUGACAGUAGUAGAAGUAGUAGUAUGAGUAGUAGCACCUCGCAAAUCACAUCAUCAGCACAAGACGAGUCUUCUGAGAGUUCCGAAACCGAUUUAAAUGAUUGGGAUGACGUUGAAUGGGAGGAAAGUGGGAAUGAAUUAGAUGUAACUAUUCCAUAUGGUGACCCAUCUGUCCCAUGCGGUUACACACUAUGCUGGGAUAAUGUUGGCAAGCAAAUUAAAGCCCGAAGACAAACUAGGAACCACGGAAACAAAUACAAAAGUUGGGCACUUGCUUUUGUUGUCAAGAACAGAAUCCCGACCGUUGAUUUCAAGAACGAAUCAACAGUUGCUGCCGAAUGUAUACCAAUGGAUGUGUUUUUGCCAAAUGAAAGAGACAAUCCUUUGGUUAGAGAAAGGCUUAUCAAUAUAGUGCAACGAAUUAUUGUGAAAUACAUGGAUACAUUUCAGUCAGUCGCUCACAUUCCUGCUGAAUAUUUUCCACACUACUUCGACACUGAAAGUUGCCAAAAGAGUGAAAUGGUAUUUUCUCUUAAAUACAUAAUUUACACACUGAUUUUGCAAACAUAAUAACAUUUUUUCAGUAUUUAUGUUUUACUAAGAAGAUUAAAACAAUAACAUUUGGCACUGAAAAUCCUAUUUCGUUAUUUUGAAUACAAUAUACAAUAUAUGUUUGCUUUUUUCUUUUCAGUUUAAUAUUGGUGUAAUAGAUGAAAACCCGUCAAGUACCUCAGGUGUCAUAAAGAAUAAUCGAGUUACUUCAUAAGUAUGUUCCAAGAGAUGUAAACGGUAAACUAUUGAAACUCAUA